ACCGCCCCCGCCCCCACCCCCACCCACGCCCGCCGCCGAUGGCCCCCAACCGCUGCGCUCCGCCGCCACCGACAGCUGCCUCAUCCGAGGAUACCUCCUCCGUCCCUGGAUCCGACGAUUGGGUGGAGUAGAAGCGCGAGCAACCCAAGAACUCCAGCAGUGAGAGCGUAGCAGGUUUGAGAGAGAGAGAGAGAGAGAGAGAGAGAGAGAGAGAGAGAGAGAGAGAGAGAGAGAGAGAGAGAGAGCAACCAAUCGAAGAGGCAUAUGGAUCCAAGAGACUGAGAGGAAAGGAGAAGAGAGGCAGAAAUUGCUGCAGUCGAGCGAGGCCAAGAAAGCCACCCGAGUCCCCUUCCUCCCAUAGAUCCAGCUCCCGCAUUCUGAUUGAUGAUGGAGUGAGGAGAUUGCCUGAACCGAUGGAGACAUUGCCAACCCGUGGAAGGAGCAACACGAAGAAGGUGAAGGCGAGUGGGGGCAGCACGGAUGAGGCGAGGCAGCUGGAGGCGAAGCGCCUGUCCUUGUACUCACGGAGAAAUCACAAGCGUAGAACCACACAAGAGAUCACUUUCUUUGGGCUCAUAUGGAAGAGAAGCAAGAAUGACCUACGUAGCAGCAAGCUCAAGGCAGAUGAUGUUAUUCUUAGAAGCAGGGAUGGCGUAGGCUCGCCGAUGAAACCGACCUGCUUUCUCUGCUUCAAGCCAUAUCGAUCAGACUUGAUGUAUAUCCGCUGCGAGAGUUGCAGAAAUUGGUUUCAUGGAGAUGCCCUGGAACUUGAGGAAGGAAGGAUAGCUCAAUUGAUUUCGUACAGAUGCUGCAGAUGUCGGAGGAGGCCGUUGCCGAAAUGUCCUCAUUCAGAUUUUUACUAUUCCAAAGUGCCUGAACCACAACCCGUCAGUCAAGAAAAUGCAGAUGACAUGCUCUCGAGCGAGGAAGCUGCUGGAGCAGAUGGAGAUCCACCGCUCGAUUCAUCUGGAGGAGUUGAACCAACUGUAGAAGAAACUGUUGGUGCUAAUUUCUCAGCGAACAUGAAAAGCUCUGUCCCAGGAAGUGUUCAAGAGACUAUCUAUAUGGAUGGUUCUUCCCAUCCUACUCAUCCUGUCAGCAAGGGGGUUGCGAAGGAGGUCCGGCCAUAUGAUGCAUGCGUUGCAUGGUAUGUACCUGGUACCUGCCGAAGAUCGGCCCCUGGGGAUGAUAGCCCCCCACAAGCUGCUACAGUGGGGAGCAACUUUGCCAACGACCACUCUGUCAUACUUCACCAGGCUUAUGAUGGUUUCCGGGCAAUAGCUGCGGAGACAGGCUCAUUGUAUGAGCAUCUAAGGCAAAAAGACCAUCAGACAAGUGAUGAUAUCAUGAUUACCUUGGACAAACUUCAGCAGAUUGCUUUGCAUCAUAUGAAGGAUAUUGCCUGCCAUCAAGCCAACAAUGUAGUUCAACCAUCUGAUCAGAGUAAUUCUAGGGCUCCAGUGCCAGACACAGAUGCUGCUCCACCAUAGUUAACGGUGCUACCAAGCAAUUGAUGGAGCGCGAGGAUGUAAUCAAGAAUCCUGUACAAAUGGUUGUGUUUAGCAGGAAAUGGUAACUUCAGUCUUCUGGUGGGCUGCUUCGCUGGAUGCACCUGAUGCGGCAUUUGUGAAUUGUGAUCAGCGCUGCUGCACCUGACGAAUAAUUUUGUUUUCCUGUUGCAUCUGACGAAUGAUUUUGAUUUUCUUUUGCCGCAUGACUCGAACUAAACUGAUCCAUGUCAAUAUGCUACUACUGAUGUCUAAUGAACUUGGGACAGAUGUGUAUAGUUAAUGUUGCUGUAUCUGAUACUACUUCCAUCCAUUACUCA